ACUCGGUAGUGCUUUACAAGAAGAAAGAACAAAAGUUACAAAACACAGCCGAGUGGAGUCCUUCCAUCUCUCUCCUCUCCUCUCCUCUCCUCUCCGGCCAAUUUUAAGAAUCAAGCGAAGUCGAAGUUAUGGCUGGGCAUGAUGAUUCGGGAGCAUCUGAAAAGAAAUCAAGUGAGGCUAUAAACGAUUUACCAACCUUCAACGCUGAGAAUAUGCAAAACAACAUGAGAGUUAUUUAUUACAGCCGAACAUUUAUGUCUAUCAUUGGAGGAUUCAUUGCUGGGAUUUGGGGAUUUACUAGCUUGAUGGGAUUUAUCUUUUAUUUCCUCAUCAUGGCAAUAACUUCAGUAGGACUAACAGCCAAGGCAGGGUUUACCAUUCAUUCAUACUUUGAUAGCUGGAACCGGAUUAUACUUGAUGGCUUUUUGGGUGGGCUUAUGUCCUUCGUGCUCUUCUGGACAUUUUCUUAUGACAUCGUGCAUAUAUUCUGAGGGAACUUGCAUGGAAUGAAGGCUCUAUUGCUGCUACCUGAGGUGAUUAACUUAUAUCCAGGGGUGUCCAAUGAAAUUGGCGACAUCUUUUUCCAGAUUUUGAUGAUUCGCGUUUUUCAAUGAACCUGUGGAGGUGUUAAUUUGUUUGAAGUUUGGAAUUAUCAUUUAUUCUGUAAUGUUUCUUUGGCAGUGGAAACUGUUAUAAUUGCCUCAUACAAUGACAAGAAACCAAAUGUCUUAAUUUUCCUGUCUUCUACAAUUAAGUAGCUAGUUAAUGCUUUUAAUACAUCAUGUGCUUCUCUGCUUUAUCUAUUUUUUUUUUUU